CUCCAUAUUCCACCACAUCAAUUCAACAAUUUUUCACUAGUCUCCUAGUUAGCUCACAUUAGCGGCAAUGGCUACCGCAGCUGCCACAUCCUCAUUCAUCGGAACACGGCUGCCGGAAAUUCACUCCGGUGCCGGUAGAGUCCAAGCCCGAUUCGGAUUCGGAAAAAAAGCCGCACCUAAAAAGGCUCCAAAAAGGCAAAUCCCAGACAGACCGUUAUGGUACCCAGGAGCUAAGGCACCAGAAUAUCUGGACGGGAGUCUCGUCGGCGAUUACGGAUUCGAUCCAUUUGGUUUGGGGAAACCUGCUGAGUACUUGCAAUUUGAUUUGGAUUCAUUGGACCAGAAUUUGGCUAAGAAUUUGGCCGGUGACGUAAUUGGGACCAGGACUGAACUUGCUGAUGUGAAAUCGACACCGUUCCAGCCGUACAGUGAGGUGUUUGGACUGCAGAGAUUCAGAGAAUGUGAGCUGAUCCAUGGGAGAUGGGCUAUGUUGGCUACACUUGGUGCUUUGACUGUUGAGUGGCUCACUGGUAUUACAUGGCAAGACGCUGGAAAGGUUGAGCUGGUUGAGGGAUCAUCCUACUUGGGGCAACCACUCCCAUUCUCCAUUACAACAUUGAUCUGGAUUGAGGUCCUUGUUAUUGGAUACAUUGAAUUCCAAAGAAACGCUGAGCUUGACCCGGAAAAGAGGCUUUACCCUGGUGGAUCAUUCUUCGACCCAUUGGGCCUUGCUGCUGACCCGGAGAAAAAAGCCACACUUCAACUUGCUGAGAUCAAGCAUGCUCGUCUUGCUAUGGUUGCCUUCUUGGGCUUUGCUGUCCAAGCUGCUGCUACUGGAAAAGGCCCACUUAACAACUGGGCUACCCACUUGAGUGACCCACUUCACACUACCAUUUUCGACACAUUCGGCUUCUUCUCUUAAGCCCAGCCCAACGCACCUUGUUUUUCAGCUCUAUCUAGUUGAGAGGAUGGUUUUACGUAUAUUAUAUUAUUAUAUUCAUCUGCAUCUUGUAAAAAUUGUAACAUUUGACACUCUAAGGAGAAGGAAAUAUCAAACGCUAUUGUUAAUCUAAGUUUGUCAUGUUCUUCA